AUGGCCCGAGCAGCUUCACCUGAGAGCCACAAUAUCCCGACAAGUGAAAACACUUUGAAUUGUUCCUCUGAUCCGAGAGAUACCGGAUCAAAAAUGAGCUAUACAGCGUACCCUUUUGGCUUUUGUUUGUGUCUAUCACGUCUCAGUCGUAUCUUAGUCAUGGCCACCCUGGCAACACCAGCACCAGCAGCACUCCAGUCUGCCAUGGGGACAUCUGGCAAGAUUUUUGCGCAGGACGACAAAUUCUGGAAAAACUACUCAAGAGGUCGCCCAAAAGUCCCAGGCGCCUUCUGGGAUCGCGUCUUCGGCUACCACCAGAGCAAAGGCGGCCUUUUUGGCACCGUCCACGAUAUCGGCGCUGGUAACGGGCCUUAUGCCCAGAGACUACACUCUCGCUUCGCCCACGUCAUAGUAUCGGACAUUGUAGCUGAGAAUAUCACUCUUGCGAGCGACCGACUUAGGGACCGGGAAGGAUUCAGCUUCCGCAUCGCUGCGUUGGAGGAAGCCGACGACAUCACGGAUGGCAGUGUGGACAUGGUAUUUUCCGCAAACGUGAUGCACUUCGCAGAGCCCCAAGAAGAUGCCAUGGCAACUAUCGCAUGCCAGCUACGUCCCGGUGGCACAUUUGUGGCCUCGCUGUUUGGUCCGGCACGCUUUCGUGACGCGGAACUGCAGGAUCUUUGGGAGCGAAUCAGCCACCAGGGUGGCAGGGAGCUGCUCCAAGUGUCUGAUGAUCCGGACCAGAUCAUAAAGGUCAUGGUGCGGACACAGGGCCUGUAUAAUGUUGCACCACUUGAUCGGGCACUUUUUGGUGAUAACCUUCGGAUACAUAUUAACAUGGAGCAUGUGAGCACUUUAGCUCGUUCCCGUUUAUUUCACGGUUUCCUGACGCUUUCACGGACUCGUAUGAGGAGUUGGACGAGCUGCUCGCUGAUGGGAAGACUGUUGAAGGUUAUUUCCCCGUCACGAUAA